CUUUUUUUUACAACACAGAACCAAAAUGAUUAAUAUGAAACCAGAAAAGAAGCAAAAGUAUCAAUCUGUGAAUUCAGAGGAAAGACUAAAAAUAAUAAAAUAUUUUAUUGAAGGAUCACUAUCAGCAUCCUAAGUAUAUUUUAAACGAAUAUUCAAAGAUUGCUUAAAUCACAGGGUACAACCUCUCAACAAUAAAGGCAAUUUUUCGAGUUUAUAGAAAUGAAGGAAGAAUAGAUAAAAAAUAAAAAAGGGAUCGCGAACUCCAUGCCUAAAAAAAUGUAGCAGUAUUUAUAGUGGAUGAAGAGUAUAUACAAUAUUCAUUAUUAUUUAGGACAAGAUAUUUAAAGUUUAUCGUCAAAUAGCAGACGAAGAAGGAGGUCAUUUUAAGAAGUCACGAAAAAUUUAUGGAAACCUCAAAUGAUAUAGUCAAUAUAACGUUACAGAAAGCAGAAAAUGAAAUAAGAAACAAUUUGAGCAAUUUACAAUCAAAAAGGAAUUUUGACGAAUCUUUGGAAAGUAUAUUGAAAAAUGGGAUUAAAGAAAAAGAAAUUAUCAAUAUACCCUAAAGAAGGAAUUACUAAUUUGAGCCUAAUUCUUAUAUUGAUGUGAAAACUAUUUCAAAUUUAUUUAAAUAAAGAGAAAACCUGCCUUAAAAAAAAACGUGCACUUAGACUCCUCAAAAUUUUGGGAUGCAUUAGGAAUAGCAAUUAACUGAAAUCAAACGAGUUUUUGAGUUUUAGGUAUAAGAAUAUCUAAGAAAAUCUUAAUAUGAGAAUUUAAAAUGA